AUGGUGGCCUGCAGUGCACUGAUUAUUGCAAGCGAGCGCCUGGCUGCACGUCUGGAAUGGGACCAUUACAUAGCUGGCACCACAUCUGAAAUACUCUCGACCCUGCCCGAAUUGGUAGUCAUCGGAUUUCUCAUUUCCGUCAGCCCUUUAACAGCCUUUGUGAUCGCCCUGAUCACCAUCUACAACAAUUCGUUGGUGUUCAGCAUCUAUUCCUAUUUCCUGCCUAAGGACCAAUACGGUAAAUAUCUGAUGCCGCGACCCAUCACCGGCGCGGGCACGCAGAUAUUAAUUGCCGGGGCGGCAUUUGGCUUGAUUCUGGGCCUUGUCAUGAUGCUCAUGUCUUUUAGUGCACAUCCGAAACAAUCUUUUACGCCUGGUGAUUUGCUUCUGUUGGGCAUGCUGAUGCUGACGGUCUUUGGCGUUUACAUCAUCAAACUCCUGCAGGACUACUCGAAAGAAGAAGAUCAGGUUAGCGAUGUCCUGGCAUUUACCGAAGACCAGGUUGAUGAACGACGCGCUCUGAUUUAUACCCAUGUGCAAGACAGUUCAUGGCUGCUUAUAAGCGGUUACCUGUUGAUCGGCAUAGUGGGUGCAGCCCUGGGCGGCGAACAAGUUGCACAAUUUGCCAAUAUCGCCAUUCAGGAAAUGCAGUUGAGCCCGCUGGUUGCUGCGCUUGUUCUAGCUGGUUUUGCGGGCAUGAGUGAAUACGUGAUUUUAUGGCAGUCCCACCGCAAAGGUGAGUACGGUAUAGCUCUGGCGAACAGUUUUGGCGGUAUCACUCAGGUAAUGUUUCUUGUGCUGCCCUUCACGCUGAUGGCCAUUGGUUGUUACCAGGCAAUUGACGCAUAUGCCAUCACACCUCGCUCUUCGCCGUAUUUGGUCCCUGCCGCCACAGCUGCUUUGAACAAGGCUGCUUCAUUCCUGAUUUGUACCUAUGAUGGCGCAACCCUGACGCCGCUGACGCGCCCUCCCGAAUUCGGCGACAAUCUCUAUCUGGCUCCGGAAGAUGCCGAGAAGCUGUCCAAAAGAGCAGCGGCCGCGCUGGCUGCAGCAAAUUCGGAAAGUGAUCCGAAUCGCACAGCGCCACCGGCGGGAGGAGAUGGCUCUGGCGGUGCAGCGGGCAAUGUUGGUGGAUACAAUGCCUUCUGGAUCGAUCGCGGCACAGACGCAUUGUUGGUAGACGGCAAGUUCCGUACCUCUGUAAUUGUCGACCCACCAAAUGGUCAGUUUCCGUCAUUAACUCCGAAAGGCCAGAUGCAGAUGGCUACUCUGUACGGUGACGUGACGCGCGAAAAUGAAGGUGUCGCCUGGUGGCUGGAUCAGGAAGGGCCCGGGCCUUACGACAAUAUGGAACAGCGGAACACUGCAGAACGAUGUUUAAUGGGUUUCAGUGGCGCCGCACCAUCGAUCCCAAGUCUGUACAACAACUUUAAGCGUAUCGUGCAGACUGAUGACUACGUGAUGAUUCAGCUGGAAAUGAUUCACGAUGCCCGGAUAGUUCGCCUUAAUGGUACCCACCCACCUGCCCAUGUCACAAACUGGCUGGGUGAUUCAAUUGGCCGUUGGGAAGGUGAUACUCUGGUUGUGGACACCACAAACUUCAAUGAUCAGGGUGCCGGCUUUUUCACCGGUGGUUCUAACAUGCAUCUGGUAGAGCAUCUGACGCUACAAGCAGAUGGGAACAUCCUAUAUCGGUUUACCGUUUCAGAUCCGACCGUUUGGCAAGGGCCGUGGACUGGUGAAUAUGUGUGGCGCGCCAGUGACCAACGCGUCUAUGAAUACGCCUGUCAUGAAGGCAACUAUGCGCUGGGUAAUAUCAUGCGCGGGGCGCGACUACUGGAGCAGGACAUUGAACUAGCCGGUGCCGGUGAGGAAUGA